AGCAAAUCUCACCUUUUCGAACAGCUCCACCUGAACUCAGUGAUAUUACUGCAGCUAUUGCAUGUUCUGGGACAAUUCUGUGAGCUGACCUCCUGUCUCUCUGCCCUGCAGGUCACAGAGGAUGGGGGCUCUCGCUUUCUGAAGCAACGAGCAGUAGCUGCUGUUACGAACACACUCUCCAGUGCAGAGAAGCCACGAGCUCACCUGACAGUGAAGAAGCAGGACCUGGCCAGCGCCGUGGGGAGCCACAUGCCCAUCCUGCAGUGGGAAGACAAGCGAGGCCUGGCCUUCACCAAGAACAACCUGAGUUAUUCCAGCAACGCUCUGGUGAUUCCUGUGUCUGGGGACUACUACGUGUACGCUCAGGUCACCUUCCGAGGGCCCGUGGAGAGCGGCCACAAGCCCAGCUCUGUCACUGAGAUCAUCACCAAGGUCACUGACAGCUACCCCGAGCCCACCCAGCUGCUGAUGGGCACCAAGACCCUCAGUGAGAACAGCAAUGGUUGGUUCCAGCCCAUUUAUCUGGGCGCUGUUGUCUCCUUGGAGGUGGGAGACAAGCUGAUGGUCAACGUGAGUGACAUCAAGCUGGUGGAUUACACCAAGGAGCACAAAACUUUCUUUGGGGCCUUUCUGCUGUAGGACUCUGGCAGCAGCUGGUGGGGGAUCCCUCCAGGGCCAGCGGGGGGACCUCGUUGGCUUUGUGGGCGCGUGUUGGGGUGAGAUCUCUGCUGGUUUUCUUCUUCUUCUUCUCCUCCUCCUCCUCCUUCUGUGCCAUCACUCCCCUGCAGCUCACCAGAGCCUUCAUUUAAUGGGUAGGGAAAGGUGAAGCUGCAGGUUGAAGUGAAAUAAGCCCUCAAGAAAACCAACAAAAAACAACCCAAAACGAACUCAAAACCCACCCCCAGAAAAACAAAAAAAAACCAAAAAAACAA